UGCGGUGAAUAGCGAAGCCACUCACACUUGGGCCGCGGUACGCUGGAUCACACCGUAGCAUCUCUCAAUGCAGAACCCAGCAGCAUAUUCAAUUCUGGCAGAGGGAUACGGUGAGAAGGCAGAGUUAAUGAUUGCGAGCUUUCCAUGAAGAGGAGAAGAAGAAAGAGCAGAAACUGAAGAUUGAAGAUGGCUUUUGGUGGAGAAAAUAUUAAAGGAUUCGUUUUGGCAUUGAUGUCAAGUGGGUUUAUCGGUGCCAGCUUUAUCAUCAAGAAAAAGGGACUCCGGCGAGCUGCUGCUGCAUCCGGUGUUAGAGCUGGUGUUGGUGGGUUUUCUUAUCUCUUGGAGCCUCUUUGGUGGCUUGGUAUGAUCACAAUGAUUGUGGGAGAAGUUGCCAAUUUCGUGGCGUAUGCAUUUGCCCCAGCUGUUCUUGUUACUCCUCUUGGUGCAUUAAGUAUUAUCGUAAGUGCUGUGUUGGCUCACUUUAUCUUGCAUGAGAGGUUACACCAGCUAGGGAUUUUGGGAUGCAUAAUGUGUAUAGCUGGUUCUGUUGUAAUAGUUAUCCAUGCACCACUGGAGAGUCCCAUCACUUCAGUUCAGGAAAUUUGGGGCAUGGCAACCCAACCAGCUUUUUUACUUUAUGUGGGCUCAGUUAUUGUGUUGGUGUUCAUUCUGGUCUUCCACUUUGCACCACGAUGUGGCAAUACAAAUGUGUUAGUUUUCACAGGCAUUUGUUCAUUAAUGGGUUCUCUCUCGGUGAUGAGUGUUAAAGCCCUUGGAACUUCACUGAAAUUAACUUUUGAGGGAAAGAACCAAUUACUAUAUCCUGAGACAUGGUUUUUUAUGUUAGUUGUGGCCAUAUGUGUCAUCAUACAGAUGAAUUAUUUGAACAAGGCACUUGACACAUUCAACACUGCAGUUGUAUCUCCAAUUUAUUAUGUCAUGUUCACAUCACUCACAAUCAUUGCCAGUGUGAUAAUGUUCAAGGAUUGGGAUGGCCAAAGUGGAGCAAACAUCAUAUCGGAAAUAUGUGGCCUUGUAGUUGUGCUUGCUGGGACCAUUUUGCUACACACGACCAAAGACUUUGAGAGAAGUUCUUCUUUUAGAGGUAGCUAUUCAUCUUUAUCCCCUCCAUUAUCCCCUCUAUCUUCUACAUUAAGUACCCGCCUCUGCAGUGGGAAUGGGGACCUAAUGAGGCAUGAUGAUAAUGUGCCACGUCCUGAGGAAAUUUGUUUUAGAAGACAAGAAAUGUACUAGAUGCCUUCUUCCCGAGAAUCGAAAUUCAAACUUUAGACACUAUGAGAGAUCCCUACAGAUGUUUUGGCAUGAAUUCUGUUUGGAUCCGAGCAUAAUUGGGGGAACAUCUAUUUGCCUCAUUAAAUAGCGAGUUGUGUUAGGAGGUAUGAGAUAGAAGCAUCACCAUAAGCUGUCCAUACUUGUACAGUGUGUGAAAUUGCUGGCAUUUUUUGAAUGGUUGGUUUGUUCAACUCAACAAAUAAGAAAGUAGUUGAAAGGUCACUUCCGACCACUGGAGAUACCGAGAAGCCUAGAAUUUUUGGUCAGGGAAGUGAAGCCUAGAAUUUUUGGUCAGGGAAGUGAAGCCUACUUCAUCAGCUGAGAUCGAGCUCUAUAGAAAACUUCCUGUAAUGUUUGAUAUUUUUGGUUUUGAUAUUGUGGGUGUCAAAGUCUUUCCAGGCAAAAUUCUUGCCUAUUUGUUUUUGUCUUCUAGAGCUUAUCAUAAAAAAACAACUAUUAGACAUGUAUUUGAUUUGUUAAUAGUGACUUAGCCAAGCCUAGUCAUAAGCAAUUUUGUUUCUUUUA